AUGGCGUCCAUCUUAGGGCCAUCGGAGGAAAAAACUAACGGUACCAAGUUAGCACGACUGUUAAUUGAUGGAGGUACACAAGCGCUCAGGAACGUGUUAGAGUCUUUCAUACAUCCGCCUUCAACACUGCAAAUUAUGUUAAACAACAACAAGGCGACCCUCGCCAACUUAAAGAGCAGACGUAAAUUAUAUGAUAGCCAGUGGGAAAAGCUAUUUCCUCCAUCGGGUGGCCUACCAGACUCAAACACAUUUGAUAUCACUCUUCUACAUUUACUGCUUCGUGAAAUCUGUCCCGCUUUGAUUGAACCUGCCACAGGAUGGCACGAAAUGCCGGCAAAAACAGAUCACAGUCGUGAAGCGGAAAUCGUCCGGAUAAAAUGCUUGCGAAACAGCCUGUGUCAUAGCAUUUCCACCGGUGUUCCUAAUGGUGAGUUUGAAGACAAAUGGAACACAAUUUCUCAUUCUUUAGUAACCUUAGGGCUCGAUCAGCUGGAAAUAAGCCGCCAAAAAACCGAAGACAUCGAUCAUGGUACACAACGACGAGUGGAAGAAGAAGUGGAGAAAUGGAAACUUGAAAUCGAACCGAGAGUGCAGAUCUUAGAGCACGAAGUACAGCAGCUCAAAGAUGGGCGAAUUUCAAGUAAUAAACAGCCCAUUUCAGAGGUGGGUGAGUCUUUUGAGCUUCUCAAUUGUCUUCCAGAUGAGGUUCAAGAUGUGUUUGGCCGCUCGGAUGAAAUUCAACGAGCUGUAAAAUUUAUUCAAAGCGGAACAGUCUCCAUCGUUUCCUUAACUGGUGGACCGGGCUUCGGGAAGACCACUGUGGCCAACAAAGUGGCCCACGAGCUUGCCAGACGCGAAAACAGCCGAAGUGUGUUAUAUUGCUCACUAACAUUCCAAUCAUCACUAAACGAUAUAUUUACCAAAAUGAUUCUUACCUGUAGCAAAGGCCUUUCUCAGCCGCCAGAGCAUCCAAAACACUGGCUUCUGAACUGGAGCAAACAGCAAUCUAGGAAAGUCACAUUAAUUCUAGACAAUGCAGAUCGUGUCCUCGAGUCUGAAGAUCGAAACCAAUUUGUUGGCAUGUUACGUGAAAUGAGGACCUUGUCAAGCCAAAAUCUAACUUUUAUUACUACAUCUAGAAAAAUAGUGGAUGCCCCCAGUCGCGAUUCAAACAUCAAAACCAUAAGAUUGAAUUCUCUCCCUUUGCAUGAGGCAACCAAGGUUCUUGUUUCAAAGGUUGGCGAUAAGGAAACGAGAGAGGAGCUCUCCCAAACGGAAAAAAUGAUCUCACUAUGUGGUUGUGUCCCUUUAGCCCUUUGCAUUGUUGGAUCUUUGCUUUCGGACAACAAAGAGGAAAAAUUAAUCGCAAUUCUCGAAAAGAAACCUCUAGAUGUUCUUCAGGACAACAAUUUGUCGGUUGAAAAGGCCAUUAAGACAUCAUUCGAUCUCUUAAGUGAAGCAGAACGAAAGGCGCUGGCAAUCAUGUCUGUAUUUCCAGGUUCAUUCGAUUCAGAUGCAGCUGAGGCUGUAAUUACAGCCGUAAUGGGUACUGAAAUUCAGCCAGUUUUGAUUCUCCAAUCGCUCAGAAACAGGUCUCUCUUGGAGCAGCCAAGUUCAUGUAGAUAUGAAAUUCAUCAGCUUAUCAGAAUGUUUCUAUCGAAACAUAGUCACGUCAAGUAUUCACAGGCUGUUGCUCAAGGUGAACAAGAAGCCUGUGCACACUUCAUUUGUCGACUUGCUUUCAAUGCCAAUAUGUACUGGAGCAAAGAUAAAUGCAGAGAAUCUGUUUUGGAAUUCAGCAAAGACAGACACAACUUCGAGUAUUUCUUGGAAAUUUACAUUCGUGAUGCAGAUCCUCUUCAGUGUUCCACAAAUAUAUUUUUUGAAGACUUUCCACAAAAGUGUAUGUAUUUAGAAAUGUGCCUUUUACCUAACUUCUACAUAAAAAUUUUGGAAAAACUCUGGAAGUACUUCCACUCAGUAAGUCACCAUGUUCACAUCGUUGAAGUUUUGUGUCUUCUCGGACAUGAAAAGAGAAAGGUGGGCAAACUAGCACAGUACAGCUAUCUGAUGAAUCUUGCCAAGGGAGUUUACCUUACUAAUUACAAAGCUUUCAAAACAAACGGUUUGUCGCAAGUAUAUUUUUUCAAUAGCUAUGCAUAUUUUCUUUCGGUACUAAGGCUUCCCAGUGGAUCGGAAAUGGUCUCCAAAGUCUAUGAAAUAGCUUUAAUUUUGUGCCGUAAAAACCUCAAAGAACAUCCAGAGACUUCAGCUACUUUGCAGUACAUUGGUCGGCAUAGCAAAAGUAGGAAACAUCUUCAGGAUGCAAUGGACAUGUCUACCCUGUGCCUCGGAGAACAUUCCAUGACAGCUCAGUGUCACAAAGCCAUCGCAGACUUCUACUUUAGACCUUCUUUCUACAAGAGGGAUAACACAGAAAUGGAGAAAUGCUUUGAGCAUUAUGGAGCUGCACUGACUUUGAUGAGAAAUCUUGGUGUUGGUGACCACAAGGAAAGCAUUUUGACAUUGAAAAACUAUGGGGUUUGCUGCAAAAACAAAGGAAAUUUUCAAGAAGCAAUAAGUGUUCUGACCAAAUCAAAAGAAGUCGCUGAUAUUGAAUUGGAAGAGGACCACAAAUGGAAAGUGAUGAUUGAAACACACCUGGCCCUUGUGUAUGACUGCACUGGAAAUGCAGAAAAAGCGGAAAAAAUCAUGAGGAAAGCUCUGAACAUGAAUCAACGCCUCAAACAGUCAAUCGAUAUGUUAGCAAAUAAAAGAGAGAUCCUGGAAUUCCUGAGGCGUCAUCCUCAGGUUUACCAAGAGCCUCUGAUGAGGUGGAAUUCCCGUAGUUAGGGUUAAAAAGUGUGUCAGUACAAUUAUCCUGUAGUUUUUCAUGAGGUCAAACCAAGGUUGUGCCUCUUUAGGCAAAGACCGUAACCUGAUACAAAUGAACUGUUCAAGUCUUUCAUUCGGUUUCUACUUCGCGUGAGUGAGAACUGUCUUCCUUUCGUUUAGUAUAGCUAAUUACCUGCUGCCGGUAAUUGCAGGUGUAAGUUUUAGAGAUCAGUCAUUAACACGGAUAACUUCUUGUUUCUUUUUACUUUAAUUAAAGGACUGGGUUGUUUAUUGUUUCCAUUUAUUUCUCGUGAAGUUGAGGUAUACAGACUGCUGUCAGACCGUCAGUUCUUUCCUCUCUCCCCCCCCCCCCUCCGCUGCCCCUGAACAUGACUGCCUUAAUUCUUUACCUGGGGCUUAAAAACAAAAGGAACCUUAUAAGUCAAAUAGCUGGAUAGGUGUUUAUCCUUUCACCCCUAAGAGUGACCAGCAUCUAAUUUCUCCUUACAAUAUCACCCCUCAAUCACGCAUUAAGGCUACAAGAAUAAAGGAAAUGAUCACCAACUAAAGAAGAUUUUGAUUGUUAAACAAAUUCUCCUUGUCAAUACCAUAGGAAAUGUAUAGAAAAAAGUAGGGAGAAUAUGCCUACUGAUGUUAGGGUGUAAAGGGUUAAAUAAAGCAGCUUUUACUUGUAACUGGAACCGUUUCUGUGGUAGUGGUCCAUUAUCACACAUUUCAGUGGCAUCGACAAUUUGUGUAACAUACCAGAUAGUAGGACGUAGUAGGAAAGCCAAGAUAUCGACUUGAGAAAGUCGUGAUUGCAAUUCAGUUGAUCCGGCCAUUCUUCAUUUGAAAGUCAGAAAGGUAAAGGAAGAAAAAUAAGGGCAUGACCAGGAAAAGAAUACACAAUUAUUGGAUAUCCAAAAUAAUCAGCCGAAGCCGCCUUACUUCGACCUCGAUUAUUUUAUGGAUAUCACAAAACCGAAUCUAAUAAUUGUUUUAUUAUACAUUGAACGAAAAAAUAAAUUGUCACGACAGUAAGCGAAACUGAGGAUUUAUUUCUUAACGUGUAAAAAUUUACAAAUAGCAGGCAAGACAAAGCGCGCGAACUUGACAUGAUUAUCCUUAGAAAUCAUGCACUGCGGUCAUACAUGACACGAUUACCCGUGAUCCUGAGUGUUUUUGACAUGAUUAUUGUACAAUCCUCAGCUAGAUGACGUUUAGCAAACUGCAAACCACGAUAAAUCUGUAAAUACAUAUUUGGAGGGAAAUAAUGUGUAUGUUUGUUGAGGAAGUAUAUAUAUUUAAAGAGAGUAAAGAGAUACUCGCGUAAGCAGCGAUAAAAUCAAGACUGCUGGAGGUAGGAGACUCCAGUUAGGUGAGGUAACCCGCUCUGUCGUAAUCGAAAAAUAACCCGCGUUAAUACACAGUCUUACAACCCCUGAUGCAGGGUUGAAGUUUCUCUGGGUGGUUGUUAUCAAUAUAUUAAAAUACAUUCAUAAAUUGCUCUUUUAGGUGCGUUAAAACGGUUUCUGAAAUUUCUUUCCUGAUUCAAGGUGAGCAAUUUAAUAAUGGUUUGCAUCUGAUGCCGUGUGUCAUAUCAUGCACGCAGUUAUCCCGUGCGUGUCUUGCUGACAGACGAUACUCUGGGCAACCCGAUACUUUCGUGCUGCUUAUCAUUACGGCAUUAGGUAGGAAUUGCUACUUUGAACCAGUAAAUAUCGCACUUGAUAACUGAAUAUUUUAAUUAUUCAUUUUGUUAGAACACUGAGUUAACAAAAGAGAUAAAAGCUAAAAUGAGAAGAAAGCUGCACUUGUGUGAUGGACAGUAUGUAAUUUUAUACAGAUUAGAUGAAAGACAAAUAAUCUUGAAACUCUACCCAUGCGUACUAGCUCAAUUGCUAUGAGAGAAAUAAAUCAUGCGUUAAGAGUUUCUCAGAAAACAGGAAGUGAUUCAUCAUUCACGGUUUCUGAGAAUAUUAUCACCCUGUUCUUGAGCUGUCUAUAAAUCGUACUGAUUAUUGAGAGUAAUUUAGCAUGCUUCCCUAAAGAUACAAUCUUGUCCACCGAUUUUUGUAAAAACAUUUAGACAAAUUCAGAAAACAAGAUCUUUCCGACACGUUUACGAGAAAGAACAUGGCGGCGAGUGCAGCCUCUUGUGAUCUGUCUACUGGAUCGUCUGUGUACGAUACAUCGGAGGAGAAAACCAAUGGCUUAAGACUCGUGCGACUGCUGAUCGAUGGAGGAACAGCCAUUUUGCGCAAUUUUUUGUAUUCUGUUUACCCACCGGAAAAUUUACAGGUCGUCUUAAAGAAGAAUGAGGCAAAGCUUCAAAGGCUAAAGUCGAAAGGUGUAAUAUUUGCAACCCAAUGGGAAAUGUUAUUCCCUCCCUCAGGUAAUCCACCGAACGCAGAAGUGUUCGACAUCACACUAUUGCAUUUACUGCUCCGUAACAUUUGUUAUCUUACGGCGCCUUCCACUGGAUGGCACGAAAUGCCUCCGCACGAUGACGAUAGUCCUGAAGCCAACAUCGUCCGGAUCAAGUGUUAUAGAAAUGACUUGUCUCACCAUGCCUCUACCGAAAUUUCAAACGGCGAAUUCGAGGAUAUUUGGACUAAAGUAUCUUCAGCUAUUGUGGCACUUGAAGGAAGUGUACUGAGGAAGAAAAUCGAAGCCCUGAAAACCGACCCCAUCGAUCGCAAAACUCAGCAGCAUCUGGAAGAGAAAGUCAAACAAUGGAGGAAAUUAGAAGAACAGGGUUCGAGCGACGCAAAGUCUGAUAUUCACAGUUGUUUACCAGACAAGCUACCAGAUAAACUACUAUUUGGUCGAUCCCAAGAAACACAGCAAGUCAUAGAGAUCAUUGAAGAAGGUACAACUCCCGUUGCUUUGAUCACUGGAGGACCCGGAUUUGGAAAGACAACUGUAGCGAUCUCAGUAGCUCACGAAUUAGCAAGAAUCGAAAACAACAGGGCUGUGCUGUUCUGCAGUCUUUCAUCAAGAGUAAGUUUAAAUGAAGUAGCCACAGAAAUGAUCCAUUCAUGUGGAGAACUUCAAACGAAAUUGCCAGAGAAUCCAGAGCAAUGGCUCAAAAACUGGAGUAAACAGAUUCAUACCUGUGUAACCUUUGUCCUCGAUCAUGCAGAUGAUAUCCUCGACUCUAACUGCAGAAAACAGUUUCUAAGCCUGUUGCGUACCGUAAGAAUGCUGUCGGAGCAAAGAGUGACUUAUGUUAUUACCACAAGGAAGACUUUCAAAGAUUCCGAAAUGCAAACUGAUGAGGUAAGACUUAACCCGUUAUUACCCGUAGAGGCAAAAAAUAUUCUUGUCUCUCGCGUGUACGACAAAGAGGUCCGAAAAAAACUGAGCAAGACAGAAGAAAUAGUCGAGCUAUGUGGCUUUGUUCCUUUGGCACUCUGCGUUGUUGGAUCCUUGCUUUUAGAUUUCUCAGAAGAAAGGCUUAUUAAAAACCUCAAAGAGAAACCUUUGGAGGUUCUGGAAGAUGACCAGAUUUCAGUAAAAAAUGCGAUUAAGACUUCAUUCGAUCUCUUGGAGAAACCUGAACAAGAUGCUCUCGUUCUCAUGUCUGUAUUUCCGGGUUCAUUUGACUCAGAUGCUGCUGAGGCUAUUGUGGAAGCGUGUGCGAACUCUAGAACGCUGCCUAUUUCGAUCCUCCGUUCCUUGAAAAACAGGUCCCUCGUCGAGCAGCCAAGUUCCCAAAGAUAUCAGUUGCAUUCACUGAUUAAAGCCUUCGCUAAAAAUGUCUGUACAUCAGCACCUCUGUUAGCUGUGGGAGAGAAAGUGGCAUGUGCUCAUUACAUGUGUCGCCUCGCAAAAAAUGUCAAUCUCUUUUGGGGUAAAGACACUUGCAAACAGUCCUUCGACGCCUUUGAUGAAGAUAGACAAAAUUUUGAGCACUUCCUUCUGGCCUACACACAAGGAAGGGAGAACGGCGAUAUUGCUGUCAUGGACUCCUGUGAAGAGUUUCUUGCCAGUCUUCCCCAGAAACUAAUGUACCUUGAGAAGUGUGUUCUUCCCAGAUUUUACACCGAGUUCUUAACGAAGCUAAAUGGAACCAUCCAUCCAAAUACUCACCCUGAGCACAAAGUGGAACUUUAUUGUCUUCUUGGACAUGAAAUUAGAAAAGAAGGAAAGAAAGAAGAAUACGAGGUCUGCAUGGAGGAGGCAGAAAAGCUGUAUUUGGAAAACAAAACCAAAUUCGACGAGAACCCUUUGUCAGAGGUGAUAUAUCUCAACAGUCAUGCUCGUCUUAUCUCCAAGGAAAAAGAUACCCGACAAGCCUAG